ACCAAGACCCCCCUUUCCAGAAAGCCCUUUCGUUGUGGGAGAGAUUAAUUAGAUACGGGAUCCGGGCGACCCUAAGAAGCCCCCUAAGUAAAUUUUGCUCCCUUCGUUUUACCGCUUUCCUCUUCAGCUCUCCUUGACCACCUCCCUACUGCUAACCCCAGUCCCAGUUUUAUCACCGGUCAUUUUGGAAACUUUUGAGAUCGGAAAUUAGGCAAAUAAAAGAAGCUGGUGAAAUCUCCCCAACCACCGAAAACUAGAAAGUUGGUUUAAAAUACCCCCCUCCCCAAAACCUCACAACUGCACGGUGGUUUUUCACAGCGAAGUGUUGGAAAUGACUUUAUUUCUCAUCGAACAGGCUCCAUGCUUACUGCCUUAAGCCCAGGUUGGACCACUUUUUUACCCUAUUUUGUCUCUUCUCUGGCUUUUGGGGACUUUUUCAGAGGGGGGAGGCAGACUGUCUGUUGAAUCCCCUGAUGUCUGAAAGAUCAGGGACUAGGGGCAGGCCUGCAAAGCUAUGAAGGACAGAAAUGUAAAACUCUCCUCCCUACCUCCUGCUUGCAUUUUUUGGGUUCCGUCUGAACACCCACUUGACAUUUGGAGGUAGAAACCUUACUUGUUUUGUCCAGCACAGUGCCUACUGUAUCAGACCUAUUUGGUAAAUGCUCUGUGAAGGAACAGGUAGGAUGAAGGCGGGAACCUGAGAUGGUUUCCAGUGGUUAAAGAACCCUCUAGGAACAAAUGAGUCAGUAGAGGGUUUCUCUCAUUGGUGGAGAGAGAAUGAGAUUGUUUGCAGGAAAUGUGUAAACUCCCAAGGUAGUCAUGAGGUUGUUACAUUAUAACAUUGGGAGCUUAAUCAGCCGCCAACCUGAAGAAGGCGAUUUUUAGAUUAAAUGUAAAGCAAGUCACAGCCAGGCAUGAUGGUGCAGGCCUUUAAUCCCAGCUCUAAGGAGGCAGAGGCAGGUGAAUCUCAAAGUUUGAGGCCAGCCUGAUCUACAGAGCUAGUUCCAGGACAGCCAGGGUUACACAGAGAAACAUUGUCUCAAAACAAAAACAAAAACAAAAACAGGGAAAAGAAGGCAAAUCACAUGCAAUCAUAAACAAUUUAAUACUGUCUGGCUUAUUAGUUCUCAGUAGGUGGCCAGUUCAAAUUGAUACUAUUUGGAUAGGGAUAAUCGUACUUAAAGAAGUGAAACGGAUACUGAACAGUGUGAAAUACAUAAAUAAUUUCAAAAUAAGUAUUCCAGCUUUGCCGUCUGGUGUGGCAGCUACUAGGCAACCUUAACUAUUGAGCGUAUGAAAUUCGGAUGGCCUGAAUUGAGAGAAACUGAAUAUAAGAUGUGCUGGACUGGAGAGAGGAGUCAGUGCUUAAGAUAUUCAUUCUCGACACACACACAUAUUGGGUGGCUCACAAGUGCCUCUAAAGCCAGAGCCAAGGGAUUAAAGACCCCCUCUGGCUUCCACCAAUACCACCACCUGCAUGUGACACACACACACACACACACACACACACACACACACACACACACAAUUUUUUUUAAAAAAAAAGAUGCACUGCUCAGUGUGGUGGUGCAUUCCUUUAAGCCCAGCACUUGGGAGGCAGAGGCAAUUGGAUCCCUAAGAGUUCAGGUCAAGCCUGGUCCACAUAUAAAGCUCCUAGCUAGCCAAAGCUACAUAGUGAGGCUGUGUCUAAAAAUCAAACAAAAACAAACAAACUAGCAAGCUGAGCAAACAAGUAAGCAGCACCCCUCUAUUGUUCCCUCCUCCAGGCUCCUGUCUUGAAUUCCUGCCCUGACUUUCCUGAGAGUUGUAAGAUAAGAUUAACCCUUUGCUCUUCCAAGUUGCUUUUGGUCCUAGUGUCUAUUACAGCAACAGAAAGCACCAGCUCCAGACUCCUAUGAGGAUCUGGUAAGAAUUUCUGGCUUGGCUAGAUUCUCACCUACACAAACCAAGGCCACACCAUGAGGACCAGGGACAGCGGAGACUGUACUGUGAACACUAUGAAUGAUGACUCGUGCCUGAGUGCCAGCACACUGGGAAGUAGCAGUGUCACUACCCAGCUUAUAGAUCCCCUGUCCAGGAAAUUAUGCGUCGUGAGGAAGCAGCAGGAUAUGAAGAAGAGGGUGAUCUGGGGCAUUGAGGUCCCUGAGGAGCUGCACUGGAAAGGCUGGGAACUGGGGAAGGAGACCACAAGGACCCUGAUUCUGAAAAAUCUCUCCCUCAAAACCCAGAAGUUAAAGUACAGGCCUCCCAAGACCAAGUUCUUCUUCACUAUGAUCCCACAGCCUAUCUUCCUGAGCCCAGGCAUAGCACUCACACUCCCCAUUGUCUUCCGACCUCUAGAAGCGAAGGAAUACACGGACCAGUUGUGGUUUGAAAAAGAAGAGGGGGUAUUCUGUGUGGCCUUGAAGGCCAGCUUGCCUUGCUACAAGCUAGUCUGUCCGCCAUCUCUGCAACUGCCCAUGUGCGCCAUUGGGGACACAGUGGAGACUUGGUUCUGUCUGAGCAAUGUGGGGGACCUGCCCACCUUCUUCACCUGGGAAGUCCCAGUCCCAUUCCAGAUACUUCCCACUACGGGGUUACUGGAGCCAGGCCUGGGUUGUAAGAUCAAAGUGACCUUUGAGCCCCUCAUAGCUGUCAUCCAUGAAGUCGAGGCCUUGUGCUGGUACGGAAAGAGUGGCAAACAGAAGAACAGCAUCCACAUACAGGCUGCAGCUAAAUGUGCACAGCUGCUGGUGAGCAUAAGGCACAAGCAGCUAGAGGACCAGGAUCCAGAAGGCUUCCAGAAGGUGAUACACUUCGGCUAUGUCUCCGUGGGCUGCGUCGCAGAGCGGCAAAUCAGACUGUAUAAUCCAUCAGCGGUUAACGCCCCCUUCAAGAUUGAAAUGGCUGAAGAUAUGCUGGCCAAAGACCAAAGCUUCUCAUGUCCCACUAGCCAAGGCAUUGUGCCCCCAGGGGAGAAGAAAUGUGUGUCACUGUUCUUUCACCCCAAGACCCUGGACAGCAAAGCCAUAGACUACUUCUCCAUCGUGCCUUCUGGCUGUGCCACCCAAACUCUGCUCCAGGUUGUUGGUUUCUGUAGAGGUCCUGAUAUAGCACUGCAACAUUGCUGUGUCAACUUCAACUGGGUGAAGCUCGGGGAGCACCCGGAGCAGACUCUGUGGAUUGAGAACCGGUCCAACUGCCCGGCUCACUUCCAGUUUGACAUUGACUGCCAGGACAGUGUCUUCAGCAUCAGGCCCGCCUUUGGAACCCUGGCAGGCAAGACCCGUAUGACCCUGCACUGUGCCUACCAGCCCACUCACCCCAUCAUCUGUUUCCGGAGGGUGGCCUGUCUCAUCCACCACCAGGACCCACUAUUUCUGGACCUGAUUGGGACCUGCCAUUCAGAGAGCACCAAGCCAGCCAUCCUGAGGCCUCAGCACCUCACCUGGUACCGAACACACCUGGCGCGGGGCCUAACCCUCUACCCUCCUGACAUCUUGGCUGCCAUGCUAAAGGAGAAAAAGCUGGAACGGGAUGAGAAUGGGGCCCUCAUGUUGCCCAUUGAGGUAUGUGAGUCUCUCCCUAUGCAGGAUCUGGAGGAUUUGACUGCCCAAACGUACCCCAAUAUCCCCCCUAUGAUGGAGUACUUUUUUGACGGCACCAGGGACCUGGCCAUCUUUCCCCCAGCUGUCAGUCUAGAACCUAUUGAUGUGGACUUUGGUGCCUGCCCUGGGCCUGAGGCCCCCAACCCUGUUCCUUUGUGCCUGAGGAACUAUACCAAGGGCAAGAUCACCGUGGUCUGGACUCACAGAUCUGACUGCCCUUUCUGGGUGACCCCAGUCACUAGUGACGUGCCCCCACUCAAGUCUGUAGCCCUGCGUCUGCAUUUCCAGCCGCCCUCCCCCAACUGCCUCUACGCUGUGGAACUAGAAGCCUUCGCCAUUUAUAAGGUCCUUCAGUGCUACAGCAAUAUUGAAGAGGACUGCACAGUGGUCCCAUCCUGGUGUCUGAAGGUUCGGGCUCGAGGCCACAGCUAUUACCCUUCCUUAGAGCACCAUAUCCCCCAAUAUUCUCUGGAUGCACCCCAGACAUUCCCAGCAGUAUCUUCUGGAAAACCCUCCUACAGAAGUCUGUUUUUGGUCAACAAAGGCUCCAUGAUGUUGACCUUCAGCCUGGCCCCCAAUAGCAGCCCAGACAUCACCCUGAAGCCCUCCUCUGGGCUCAUUGCUCCGGGAGCCCACCAGAUCUUCCUUAUCAGCACAUAUCCCAAGGGCACCUCGUGGAAACAGCAUGUCUUCUACCUGAAAUUCAACUUUUAUCCCCAGUAUCUCAAGGAAGUGAGCAUUCAGAGCCGAGAGGAACCACUGGAGCUGAAGCUGGAUACCUGCAAAAGCAUCUUCUUCAAGCCCACCUGGGUGGGCUGUUCCUCCACCAGCAACUUUACUUUUCACAACCCCUCACGCCUGCCCCUGGAGUUCGAGUGGAGAGUCUCCCAGCAGCACCAAAAGAUGCUGGCUGUCCGGCCCUCCAAGGGUAUCAUCCACCCUAAUGAGAACCUCACACUGACGUGGAUCUUCAGCCCUUUGGAGGAGAUCAAGUACCUGUUCCGAGUGGGGAUAUGGGUCUGGGAAGCCAGACAACCACAAAAGACCAAGCCCCAACCCACGGUGCAUUACAGGAUCCGGCUGGUGGGCAUGGGUGUUACUGGAUGCCUCUCUGCGAAGCCGAAGGACCUGGACUUUGGGAACGUACUGGUGAACAGCCAGGAGGUCAAGUCUCUGGUUCUUCUGAAUGAUGGCAACUGCACCCUCUAUUACCGCCUGGUCCUGGAGCAGCACAGGCCCAAGGGCCUCAACAAUGACUCCUGUGCUCUAGAAUUUGACCACUCGGAAGGGACCAUGCCACCUCAUUCCCAGGACACCAUCUAUCUGACUGCCUGUCCUAAAAUCCGUUCUAAGUAUUCCUGGACCAUUAGCUACUGUCUUCUGAACCAAAGAGUCACUCCCCCAGACAGCCCGGACUGCAAGACACAGGAGCUGUGCCAUGUGUCCCUGGCAGCUGUGUACCCACUGCUCUCCGUCCUGGACAUCUCCUCCAUGGGCAGUGCCGAGGGCCUCACGCGCAAGCACCUGUGGCACCUCUUCUCCCUGGACACGCUCAACAGCUACUUGGCACGUGACCCAACCAUCACGGAGCUCACCUACAAGGUGCCCACCCGGCACAGCGUGAGCCACACACCCCCCAUCUUCACUCCUCUGAAGCUGGACUUCAAUUUUGGAGCAGCACCACACAACGCCCCACCGUCGGUGGUACUCCUCAUCCUGAAGAACCGUGGGCUAGUCCCCUUGGACUGGUCUUUCCUCUUUCCAAGUGACCAGCAGUUGGACAUGGAUGUGUGGACAGAGCAAGCAGACCUCAACAGCACUGAGCUCCACCAAAUGCGUGCAGAGGAUAAUUGUCUCUUCUCCAUCAACCCCAAGACUGGGAGCCUGACCCCUGGGCAGGAGCAGAUGGUGGAGUUCAAAUACAGACACCUGUUUGUUGGCACCGAUCGCCUCUCUGUGCUCUUCAAGGUGUCCCACGGACGGGAGAUCUUGCUACACUUCAUCGGCGUGACAGUGAGGCUAGAGCAGAAGUAUGUGCACUUCACCUCCACCAUCCACCAGUUCAUUCCUGUCCCCAUUGGCGAAACAUUGCCCCCACGCCAGAUUUACGAGUUAUACAACGGUGGCUCAGUGCCUGUGACAUACGAGGUGCAGGUCAGCGUUCUGUCACAGGUACAAGAAAAAAAUUUUGACCACCCUAUUUUCUGCUGCCUGAACCCCAAAGGGGAGAUCCAGCCAGGCACUACUACUCGGAUCCUGUGGAUCUUCUCACCCAUCGAGGCCAAGACCUACACAGUGGAGGUACCCAUACACAUCAUUGGAUGGAACUCAGCUGUCAUCUGCUUCCAGGGAGUGGGAUACGACCCUUACAUCAUGGGCGACACCGCCCCUUUCCACAGCAUCUCGGACAGUAGUUCCACAUACUCUCGGCUGAUGGUCCCUGGGCAGAAUGUCUUCCUGUCUCAGUCUCACAUCUCCCUGGGAAACAUCCCUGUGCAGAGCAAGUGUAGCCGCUUGCUAUUUCUGAACAAUGUCUCCAAGAACGAGACAAUUGUCUUCACCUGGCAGCCAACUCCCUUAGACUUUGGAGAGGUAACUGUGAGUCCCAUGGAAGGACAAGUGCCUCCUGAAGAGGGAGCCCCAAUCCUAGUGACUCUGAAGGCCUCGGUCCAUGCCAGUUUCUACAGCAUAGACCUGGUCUGCAAGGUGUACCAGCAGGAGCUCAUGCAGCAGUAUCACAAGGACCUGAGGGAAUGGAAUGAGGAGAAGGCUCGGCAGGAGGUGGAGUUCACCAUCACAGAUCUGAAAGUAAAGAGGAGAGCACACUGUGCAGCCCAUGAACCCCCAAAGAAGUACAAGACACUGCCUCCCAUCACAAACCAACCGCCUCUCGGCCGACCUGCCACCUGGAACCUGAAGAUCGGAAAGGAGGAGACAUGGCCAUGUCCUCAACCACCUGUGCCAGGCCUGCUCUGUCUAGGCCUCACUGCGAGGGCCCAUGCCAUCGACUACUAUCUGGCCAACUUCUUCUCCGAGUUUCCCUGCCACUUUCUUCACCGGAUAUCAAUGGUCUACCCCAGGGAGCUGCCAAAGAAGAAAUCCUUCAAGGAAGAGUCAAAAGCUUUUGAGGAAGAACCCCCUGACACAGAGGGUCCUGUCUCUAGGCAGAAAAAGCAGCUUCUGGUUGACUGUCUUACCGCCAUCAUCAGGGGCCUACUGGAAGACAAGAAUUUCCAUGAUGCUGUGGACCAAAGCCUGGUGGAGCAGGUGCCUUACUUCUGCCAGUUCUGGAAUGAGCAGUCAGCCAGGUUCCUCGCCCAGAAGAGCAGCCUGUUCCUAGUCCCGAUCCUAUCCCUGCCCUCCAGCUUUGAGGUUGGGAAAAGCAAAGAGCCGGAGGAGGACCUUUAUGGGAAGAUGGCAGCAGGGCAAGAGGAUGGUGAAGAGGAAGAGGAGGAGGAAGAGGAGGCAGAGGAGGAAGAGGAGGCAGAGGAGGAAGAGGAGGAAAUGGAAGAGUUGAGCAAGGAGGAAGAGGACGUAGACAAGGAACCGAAGACGACCUGGUCGGGGAUGAAGGCCACAGACACAUCCCAGCAGUCGCUGCAGUGGCAGUGGCAACAGGACCUGAAAGCCAUAAUAAAGGAGGAGACAGAAAACGAUGAGAAAGAAGCCAUUGGGAGGCUACCAGCUUUUGCCAACCUGCAGGAAGCAAUACUGGAGAACAUGAUCCAGAACAUACUGGUAGAGGCAAGCCGUGGAGAGGUGGUGCUCACCUCGAGGCCCCGCAUCAUUGCCCUACCACCAGUCAGCAUGAACAGGGCAGAUACGCUGCUGCAGAUGUCACAAGGGGAAGUUCUCUGCUCUGGGAUACAGCAUCCUGACUGUUUGCUGGUGUCAGCAUCCAGCCCCUCUUACAUGACUGCCUAGAUUUGCCCCUGGUCCCUUUUUACUGUUCUGCAAGUAAACCGUUUAGUUCUACACCCUAA